AUGUGAGACAGGUUGCUGCCACCGGAGGAAGGAGGACAGCUGGGACAAGUCUCCUGCAAGAACAGAUCAGCCUCAGUGCCGUCAGGUGAAGGAUCAGGCCAAAAUGGAGGACAAUAUGAAUACAAAAUCCAUCCUAGAAGAGCUUCUUCUCAAAAGGUCACAACAGAAGAAGAAAAUGUCACCAAAUAAUUACAAAGAGCGCCUUUUUGUUUUGACUAAAACAAACCUCUCCUAUUAUGAAUAUGACAAAAUGAAAAGAGGCAGUAGGAAAGGAUUGAUCGAGAUUAAGAAAAUCAGAUGUGUGGAGAAAGUCAAUCUGGAGGAGCAGACUCCUGUGGAGAGGCAGUACCCAUUUCAGAUUGUCUAUAAAGAUGGGCUUCUCUAUGUCUAUGCAUCGAAUGAAGAGAGUCGAAGUCAGUGGCUGAAAGCAUUACAGAAAGAGAUCAGAGGCAACCCCUACCUGCUGAUCAAGUACCACAGUGGGUUCUUCGUGGACGGGAAGUUCCUGUGCUGUCAGCAGAGUUGCAAGGCGGCUCCAGGAUGUACUCUCUGGGAAGCAUAUUCUGAGCUGCACGUUGCACCCAAUGAAGAGAAAUGCAGAACUCCCACCUUUCCAGAUAAGGUGUUUAAGAUUCCUCCAGUCAUUCCGAGUCUCGAAAUGAAAAGGCCAUCUUCAAGUACUGCUCUAACCCGGUAUGACAGUGAUCUGAAAACAAACUCUGGCUCCCAGCCAAAUGUCUACAACAUGCCCUAUAUCCCAAGGGAAGACUGCCCUGACUGGUGGCAACUAAAUUUUAAAAGCAAAUUCCUCACGAUACCAACGAUACAGACACAGGACCAUAAAGAACCGGACAAACUUAAUGAAGAUUUUCCAUGCAGUAAACAACAGGAAAAAAAUUUAAAUCACAGCACCUCAAAGAUUCCAUGGGGCAUCCCUGAGUCAAAUUCAUCUGAAGAUGAGGAAGACCUAAAUGGCUAUGACUGGUUUGCAGGUAACAUGUCCAGGUCACAAUCUGAGCAGUUACUGAGACAAAAGGGAAAAGAAGGAGCAUUCAUGGUUAGAAAUUCCAGCCAGGUUGGAAUGUACACAGUGUCCCUGUUUAGUAAGGCUGUAAAUGACAAAACAGGAACAGUCAAACAUUACCAUGUGCAUACAAAUGCUGAGAACAAAUUGUACCUGGCAGAAAACUACUGUUUUGAUUCCAUUCCAAAACUUAUUCACUAUCAUCAGCACAACUCAGCAGGCAUGAUUACACGACUCCGUCACCCUGUGUCAACCACGACCAACAAGGUUCCCAGUUCCGCGUCCUUGGGAAGUGACAUCUGGGAGCUGAAAAGAGAAGAGAUCACAGUGCUGAAGCAGCUGGGCAGCGGGCAGUUCGGAGUGGUUCAUCUUGCCAGGUGGAAGGGGCAAUACGAUGUUGCUGUGAAAAUGAUCAAGGAGGGCUCCAUGUCAGAAGAUGAAUUCUUCCAGGAGGCCCAGACCAUGAUGAAACUCAGCCAUCCCAAGCUGGUAAAAUUCUACGGAGUGUGUUCAAAGAGAUACCCGAUAUACAUCGUCACUGAAUAUAUAACCAAUGGCUGCUUGCUUGAUUACCUGAAGAGUCAUGGGAAAAGCCUGGAACCCUGCCAGCUCUUAGAAAUGUGUUAUGAUGUCUGUGAAGGCAUGGCCUUCUUGGAGAGUCACCAGUUCAUCCAUCGGGACUUGGCUGCCCGGAACUGCUUGGUAGACAGUGACCUCACAGUGAAAGUUUCUGACUUUGGAAUGACUAGGUAUGUUCUUGAUGACCAGUAUGUCAGCUCAGUAGGAACAAAAUUUCCAGUCAAGUGGUCAGCCCCGGAGGUGUUUCACUACUUCAAAUACAGCAGCAAGUCUGACGUAUGGGCAUUCGGGAUCCUGAUGUGGGAGGUGUUCACUCUGGGGAAGCAGCCCUACGACUUGUACGACAACUCCCAGGUGGUGCUGAAGGUCUCCCAGGGCCACAGACUGUACCGGCCCCAACUGGCCUCGGACACCAUCUACCAGAUCAUGUACAGCUGUUGGCAUGAGCAUCCAGAAAAACGGCCCACAUUUCAGCAACUCCUGUCUUCUAUUGAACAUCUUCAGGAGAAAGAUAAGCCUUGA